UGGAAUCUGUUGUUAACUUUCAAUAUCAAGUCCAAAGAGUCGUUCAAGAUCUCGUCCACGUCAUCAAUAGGCUCAAAAUCCAAGCGAACCCAUCGGAGAGAUGGGUCUGACCAAAUUUGAUACCAUUUGGUACACUUUUUACACUUUUUACACUUGCCCACAAGAGCAAGCAAGAAGUGAAGACAGACCAUACCAACCUCAGCGUCUGAUGAUGUCUAUGGGUUCCAGACUUCAGGCAGUCAUCGAUUACCAAGGAUUUGCAACCAAGUAUUAAAAAUGACAAUGUAAUUCAUGAUUGUUAGUUUGUCCAAUUACUUUUGAUUCCUUAUCCCAAUAUUUAUGUGAUAAAUGAGUUUGAAUUGAAUACUGAUCCAGAUUGGGUUUUGCAAUCGCAUUGUUUCUUGCUGAGCAUCCUUUGUGUGUAAGGAGGUGGGUCAAUAACCUAGCAUUAGCAUUGUUCUUCCUGUAAAAGCCCCGCCCUUCCUCUGCACCAGCCUGCUCUUCACUACCUGUACCUUUCUGCCACUAGAACACAUACAGCAAGGACGCUCUAUUUCAGCACUUUUCUGAGUGUGUUUAUACCUCUGAGUGUGCGCAUGUGUGUGUGUGCACGUUCGUGGCUGAAUUAUUGAUGAGUACGGAUGCUCAGAAUGUCCUGCCAAGGCCGUCCUGGGAGUGCGUGAGUGGGAGCGAGCGCUCUCUGUGUUUAUGUCUCGGCAGAGAUGGGUGAAAGGAGUGCAGUGCAGCAGCCUGCUUACGAUGGCUUGUGCAACUACGCCCAAAAAAUCACCUCGUGCUUCGGACUUGAUGUGACCCACGCACACGACGCUCAGCACCGCCAGGAGAAGCCUGCCAUCCAGUGCUAUAAGUGUGGCGAGCCAUGCAAGGGCGAGGUGUUACGAGUGCAGAACAGGCACUUCCAUAUCAAAUGCUUUACAUGCAAAGUGUGUGGUUGCGACCUGGCACAGGGCGGGUUCUUCAUGAAAAAUGGAGAUUAUCUGUGCACGCUGGACUAUCAGCAGAUCCACGGCACUCGCUGUAACACAUGCGGCGAGUUUGUGGAGGGUGAGGUGGUCACUGCACUGGGGAAAACCUACCACCCUGCCUGCUUCGUCUGCACCGUCUGCAAAAGACCGUUUCCUGCCGGAGACAGAGUGACGUUCAAUGGAAAGGACUGCUUGUGUCAGUACUGUGCUGAGCCCAUGUCCCUUGUCCCUUCCAAGCACAUUACUGGGCCUGGCACCUGUGCAGGUUGUGGCAGAGACAUUAAGAACGGACAGGCUUUGCUGGCAUUGGACAGACAGUGGCAUUUGGGCUGCUUCAAAUGUAAAGCCUGCGACAAAGUACUGACAGGAGAGUACAUCAGCAAAGAUGGCGCCCCGUACUGCGAGAAAGAUUAUCAGGUCCAUUUCGGAGUCCGCUGCGAAGCCUGCCACCAGUUCAUCACUGGCAAAGUGCUGGAGGCAGGUGACAGACACUACCAUCCCAGCUGUGCCCGCUGUAGCAGAUGUAAUCAGAUGUUCACUGAAGGAGAGGAGAUGUACCUGCAAGGAUCGACCGUUUGGCAUCCGGGCUGCAAGAGCUCUACAAGAACAGAAGAUAGACAAAGGCCGACACGCUCGUCGUCCGAGAGUGUGUGUUCCAGACCUGGUUCAAGCAUACCUGGCUCACCGGGUCACACCAUAUAUGCAAAAGUAGACAAUGAGAUCCUUGAUUAUAGGGAUCUCGCCGCCAUUCCCAAAGUCAAAGCCAUUUAUGACAUCGAACGUCCUGAUCUGAUCAACUACGAGCCACUUUACACCACUUCCCUGGAAGAGAUGGAGGAGCGAGAGAGUGUGGGAGAGACACCAAGAACCAUGUCACCAGUCCCAUCUGCAGAUAGUUUUUAUGACAUGAAGGGUCACAUCCUGCAGCGGUCUACAAGUCAGGGCUCUAUCGGCUCGCCCAUUUAUAACCGCCACUGUUACACGCCAACCAUGUCUCGCUCACCACAGCACUUUCACCGGCCAGAUCAGAGCGUCAACAUGUACCGGAAGCCACCCAUCUACAAACAUUAUGAUCCGGCUGCCUUUACAGCCGAAAGCAGUUCUGCAGACGACAUCGUCAAAUCGGCCAAAUUUCCCUCGGCACUUGCUCCUGGUCCUGAAGACGUACCUAAGAUAGAGACAGAGUGCUGGCUGUGUCUGUCAACCAGUGGUACCCUAGGCUCUGAAGGGGGGAGAAGGAGAUCCCGAGAAGAGGAUGAGGAGGAACUCCAGAAACGCAGACAACUCCAGGAAGAACAUCUCACCAGGAUGCAAUCCGGUCUUGGGAAGCUCAUCCUGAAGGAGGAGAAGGAAAAGCAGCUGUUUCAAGAACGCCACGCACGAAGUCUGUCUGCACAAAGGCACACCAAUGGCAACGCAGAUGCAAAUUCUCCUGCCAAAACAGGCUCACUCCCUGGCUAUGGACGAAGCGGGUUGCAUCGGCCUCAGUCAACUGACUUUACGCAGUACGACAGUUACGGAGACGUCUCUGGCGGAGGACGAGAGUUUCAGCCCUUGCAGGAUGGCCAUCGGCCUGUCAGCAGAAUGGACAGGGGGGUUUCGAUGCCUAAUAUGCUGGAACCAAAAGUAUAUCCAUACGAAAUGCUCCUGGUCACCAGCCGUGGCCGAGCCAAGCUGCCCAGAGACGUGGACAGAACCCGACUGGAGCGGCACCUGGCUCCAGAAGUGUUCUUUGACAUCUUUGGGAUGGAGCUUCAGGAGUUCGACAAGUUACCUCUAUGGAAGCGCAACGACAUGAAGAAGAAAGCCAGACUCUUUUAACCAUAAAAACACACCAUACACUUCUGUAAUGUAGCCUUAUAUUUGCUUGUAAUCUCUCUUUCUUUCUCCCGUGGCCCAUGUACGUGCAAAUGGGAAGGAAUCUGAAGUGAUCUCUUUGGUUUGUGUUUAUUGGUUAGCACAACAUAAUACUAUGGUACCAUCAUUUAAAAUAAACAGUGACAAAUCUUUGCAUUAGCACACAAGCAUCAGAUGUUCAGAACUAUACGUCUUUAUGUCUCUUGGGCUAGUUUUCCUCCCUCAUAGACAUUUUUCUUUUUCUGCCCACGUCUUCCUGGGUAAUUUCCACUCACGUAAUGAGACAUUUUGUUAAGUUCAUUAUGCGUUCAUUGUUAAUUGAAUGUAGAUGUAACGAGCUUUCAUGUCUGCUUGUAUGGCGGUAUGUCUCUAUGUCAGAUGUUAUAAGCAUUCGAAAGUUUGCCACUCGAGCAUUUCUCGUUUGUCCAUGUUUUUUGUUCCUCGUCCUUUAAUUAUCCAAGCAACGCUGAACUUUACUCAAACUCCCACUGUAUACUUCGCAUCAUAAAAACAAGCUGUAUCUGGUUAAUCUUAUUCGAACGGAAACCCGCACUGCCAUUUAGUGUAUGUAUGAAUGAUAUUACAAGUAAAACGAUUGAUAAACUGUGCGUUAGACAGCAACACCAAAGGUAUGGCCAUGCCUAAGGGAGCAAAUAUAGCACUGGGUAUUUCUCAGGAUCCUUUCCACUGAAGGCUUAACAGGACCAAACACUUAUUGCUUGUGUAAAUUACAGUAUCAGACACCGACAUCAGAGCCGUUGUUGUUGUAGCUUUGUCGGGGUGGUAGGUCAAGGAAUAGCAUGGCUUCUUCCUCUCUCUCUCUCUCUCUCUCUCUCUCACUCUCUCUCUCUCUCUCUCUCUCUUUCUUCAGACUCACAACCAUACACACACAGUAACAAGUUCUUUCGGCUCUGUUAGUUGGUUGAAACUAAUUUCCCCGUUAACCCAACUGCUUGCACAAGCAUUCGACAAGCGGCAAACAUAAACUCUUCGUGAAUGAAAUGUUUUAUUGAUGUAAAAAGCUUCUCGUUAAUAAAAUGCAGCAAAUCAGA